UUCGUUCUGUCCAUCUCAUCCCGUUUGCACCUCUCGGCGUUUUUUUAUCGUUCUCAUGAGAAAUGGAGAAGAAGAGGAGGGUGGAGUAGACGGAGAGGAUUUCAGGAAGCAAUUACAGGUUAUCGGUGCCAAUAAAACUACUAGUGCUGGAUACCCUUUUUUUUCAUAUCUCUUGAUAUCUUGGAGAUGUUCAAAAAUAUUUUGAGCAAUAAACUACUGAAGCAGAGUGUUGUUUAUGACUAUAAGAAACUUUCUUCUUUAUAUUGUUGCAGAACUUGCUUACAUGAUGGAAAGGUCCUCUCCUCUCCUAGAAGCUUCUUUGGUGUAGAAGAUUUUGUGGAUGAUGACAACAGCAGACCAUACACUUACCAGAAGCAAAAAAAACCAAAGAACCUUCACAAACAUGUUUCAUUCAAGCAGCGAACUAUUGCUUAUAUGGAACCAUUCACUCUGGAUGUCUUCAUCUCCAAGCGAUUUGUCUCUGCUUCACUCACCCACAGAGUUACCUGCAAGCAGGUUGCAGUUGCUGGGACCAACUCCAAAGACAUUAAGGCAGUUCUCAAGUCCAGAUCUGACGUUCCUGCUUGCUUAGCCGUUGGGAGGAUCUUAGCUGACAGAGCAAGAGAAGCUGAUGUGUAUACUGCGAGUUACACGCCCAGAGAACGGGACAGGUUUGAGGGGAAGAUAAGAGCGGUUGUUCAGUCUCUAAUUGAUAAUGGCAUAGACGUUAAAGUUUAUUUAGAUCGAUGAUGUAAUUGUUCAUCAGGCUCUGAAGUUCUUUUUUUUUUUUUAACUGUUUUCAGACUGAUCUUGAAGAACUUGGCUUCUUCAGAUUGAUUUAUAUGGCUGUUUUUUAUUUAAUUUUAAAUGUCUUAUGUUUUGAAUAUGAUGGGAAACAUGAUGUUAGAAUUAA